UGAAUUCUAACCACAAGCUAUGGAGUCCCGAAGACACUUGAGUUAACUUUUUUAUUGGCUAUUAGGGAACUGUGUCUUAUUCAUCUUUAUAUCCCAGGACCUAAGACAAAGCCUGACACACAGCAACUGCUGACAAAAUAUUUGUGGAUUUAUUUAAUGAAGGAGUUGAAAGGGUCAGAGAAGGGAGAGGUGGGAGCAUCACAUAUGCAUGCACUUGAUUAAAAUGUGAUGAUUUGUUCCUGAUCUGAUUAGACCCAGAAUAUCAAACGGACAUGGAAUCUGUGCCAUGGGUUCUGGCCUGUUUUGAUGCUGCCAGCACAUGUGGGAGGUGCUGAGACAAAUUCCGUGGCAGUUACAAAGCAAACUGGCUGCCAAGAUGGAGAGCAGGGAACAAAUGGCCUUGACCUUCUAUAAUCCUAAGGUUCCCAAAAUUAAGGGGAACCGGCACUACCAAAGGCCUACCCUCCCCGUCAACAAAUAUCCGAAUGCCUCAAUGCCACCCCAGAGGCGGCAGCAGCAUGUGAAUCAGACACACAUCUACAUCCGAACGUUCUGUGGCAGCCUGUGUGGUUUUGGUUUCCUAAUGGUGAUCUGCAUGUCCCCACUGAACUGGGUGAGGUUCCUGGUGACCAAGAAUGGCUUUGAGCUCUACGCAGGACUCUGGAUCACAUGCAACUAUGAGCUGUGCUGGAGCCACACACCCAAACCACCCUAUUACCUUCAAUAUUCCAGGACUUUCUUCCUCAUCUCUAUCUUCUCCAUACUCGUUGCCCUUGGCUGGCUCAUCAGCUCUUGCCUGCCUAGAAGAGGAAGUACGACCACCAACUUCGAUCUGAAGGUAUCCAUACUGAGCUUCAUCUCAGCCAUCUCCUUGCUCCUCUGCCUUAUCCUGUUUCUGGCACAGGUUUACAGGCAUACUAAGGAUGCCUUGGAGCCAGAUCUCCUAUGGGCCUAUCAUAUUAAUUGGUGGAGUGACUGCUUAUUCACGUUUUCUGGGAUCAUGUCCCUCCUCAACUAUAUAACUUUCAGAUUUCCUCCCCUUGAUCAAAAUGUCACCGCAAGUCCCACAGAGAAGUCAAGGCUGGGGGUUGGUCCAGUGACCAAAGAAUUACCUGCUGAAGAUGAAGGGUUAAGGUCUGAUAUGGAAGCUCCAACUGAGGAAGAGAAAACAGCCCCCGAAGCAGAACCGUGAUGGUGAUAGGAAAACCCAACUACUGCUUGUUUUAAAAACGGAAGAGAGGCUGAGUUGGAAAUGAUUGUGUAGAUUCUAGGAAACUCUCCUAAUGUCAUGUCCAUGCUAUUGAAGGAGAUAGCAGUAAAGCUAUCUUUUGUGUACACUGGAUCCAAAAUAUGUAUUACAGAAAUGUAAAGAAAAUAAUAAAAAUCCACUUAAGAAA